UAUUAAAAUUUUCUCUUACAACGAGAAAAAAUGUAAAUUCAUAAUUUUAUCUUACUGUUUGGCUAUAAAUGGAAACGACCUAUGGAACCCCCAGAUAAACCAGCAGAUUCUGAUUGUUGCAACUCCGGUUGCAAUCCUUGUAUCUUGGACGUAUAUGAGGAGCAAUUGAAAAAUUAUAAUUUGAAAAAAUAUCAGGACGGAAAUAGCCAACAAUAUGAUAACUGUAUUCAUCCUUCUUCCUACUCUGUUUUCAAACUUGUUAAUAGAGAAAAACAUACUCCGAAUUCUUAUAUUUUCAAGUUUGAAUAUUUUAGUUUCUUGAACAAAAAUUACAAUAGAAGUAAUAAGGAGAAAUUGAAUUAUGCACCAGGUCAGCAUUUCAUGUUGAAAGGUAGAGAAUCGAGUUCAGGAAAAGAAUUCACAAGGGCUUAUACUCCAAUCCCUUACGGGGAGAAUAAUGACAAAUCGUUUACAAUUUUGGUAAGAUUGUAUGACGAAGGUAAAAUGUCAUCUUACCUUAAGAAUUUGCAAAUAGGCAGUGAAACUUUAUGGAGAGGCCCUUACUGCAAUUUCACAAUAGAUUAUACGAUAAAAAACAUACUCUUCAUAGCUCAAGGAACAGGAAUUGCCCCAAUAUUUUCAAUCGCAAAAGAAAUGAUAUCAAAUGAUUUUUGUGAAACAUUUUUACAUUUGUUAUACUGUUGUAGAAACAUGAAUGAAAUUUUUCUGAGAAAUGAACUUUAUGAAUUGAAAUCUUACUGGAAUUUCACCUAUGAGGUAUUUUUGAAGGAUCCAAUGAACUUUUCACCGAAAUACGAAGAAAUUAUUCAUGACAGAAAAUUAGUAGAGAAAGAUUCAAUUCAAUUCAUCAAAAACAAGGGAAAUAAUUUACAGGUUGUGAUUUCUGGUUCUACAGAAUUUGAAAAUUGUAUUUCAAGUUAUAUUACUACAGCUGGAGACCAGAAAAUAUUUCUUUUUUGACUUAACUGUAUUAGUCCUUUAAGAAAUAAAAAUCUGAGCUGAA